AUGCUGGACCCCGACCGCAGCCCCGAAGACAAGCGCUUCGCGGCGCUCGCUGGUACGCCCCAAGACGUCGCCCUCGAGCUGCUGCUGCCCAUGUGGAUCCCAGCUCGGGAACUAACUGCCACCUUCUCGGAUACGGAAAUUAUGACCUCGAUGGGUUCUACGCCCCAAACUACAACGUGGACGUCUAACCUCGGUCAUCUUCGCGACUUCAAGACCAUUCGUAACGCUGGUAUCAGUUUCCAGUGCGACGAUCGGGAUAUCUGUACGAAACUGGGGGGUGAACCUGUGACUAUCUGUGGUCGCAAGUUCAAAGUCCAGCCGUACUCCAAGUAUUCCCACUGGUACUAUGUGGAUCUUCAACGCCUGCCGGACGACGCUACCGAUGGACUCAUUUACGACUGGUUUGCCCAAAAAGGCACGCCGCCUGUGUAUAUUACACCGGCUCAUGUCGUAGGUGGACUCCGUUCUCGCAGUCGCCGGGUCUACUUUAACCAAAAGUUACCCCCCGAGUCAGUGAUGCUAAACAAGCGCACUCCGCUCCGCCAGAUCAGGUUUACUGGUCAAGGCUACUCGGUAGUGCACCACCGCAACCGCGCUUAUAACAGCAUCAUUCCACCCUUUAUUAAGGAACUCCGCGAAAAGGGUCGCCAGGCUCGUCAGCCUAAACCUGACCCGCCCAGCCCUGACUCGGACGACACAGGCAGUAUCCCGCCUGCGUUUGACAAUGACAGUGAUACCAGCGACAGUGCCGCAAUGGUUGACGACUCCGCCUCAGAGAGUGAGCCACAUAGUGGGGAUCACUCUGAUGAGGAGUCCUCCCAACGCGGUACCAUGGAUGGUAUUGAGUCCGCCGUUAUGGCACGACCCAAAUCGGUCUGGCCCCAUAGUCAAGUACCCAAUUUCCCAGUUGGCUCGAUUCAAGCCACUGACUUUACGCCAGCUCGUAUUAAGCGAGCAAAGAGUCUGGUAUUUGGUACUAUCGCUGAUCCGGAGGUUGUUCUACAACGUCUUUCUCCCUCUCAGAAGGAAUAUCCGACAGUCGCCUCAGUAAACUCGUACGAGUGGUUGAGUGAAGGAGCGGGCGGACCUAUUCCGCCUGACCAGGAUCUCAUUCUCUGGGACAAGUCGACUGACCCGCCCCAGUCAGUAGCCUCUUAUGUGGGGCUGACGGAAGUGACUGAGAGCGUUCUCAAUGCAGCGGUUUACCAAGGCAAUGUUGAGCAGCUCUCUCUCAAAGAACUCUGUGCAGUAAUUGAAGACUUUCUUGGCUCAUUCAGCUUGGUGACCGACCCGGACACUCUGCUGUCCACGGUUCAGGCUCAACCUAGUCUUCAUCGCGCCUUCGGACACGCCGUUCUCCGAGAGCUAACUACCCAAGUCUUUCCGUCGGAUGAUGACGGCAGCGUGUAUAGUCGACUCUCUACGCUUUACCCCAACCAGUCUGACUUCGAUUUUCAGACAGUAUUAGGGCAGCUAUGUCCUGAUCAAUCCCAAUAUUGGCUCAAGUUAAGACUGGCUGAAGCGGAUCUAUCCCUGCAGAUUAUUGCACCCAGUAUCUACGUGGAUCCACUCAAAUUGAGUGCGGUUACUGGGAAGGCAGCAACGGCACUGCCUCACCCACUGUGGCUUCUAUGGGAUGACUCGACCCUCGCCAACGUUAUAAUGUCGCCCUUAAUGGACCGCAUUUUGGCAGGGCCUCUCCCUACUGACCUUCGCUCAACGAUUGGGUACCUACGAGAACAGGCCGCUUCGGUGGCCGCCUCUGUUCCCACUCGCCUCUAA